CUGAAAAGAAGAAUCUUGUGGGCCAGCCAUCUAGUUCUGCCUGUGUUACAGUGAAGAGGCGCUGUCUACAAGAAGAUGAAGCCCUUGUGCCUCUUAAUAGAGAUACUGAUAAUUCUUGGGGUCACAAUGAAAAGUAUUGAAGCAGAAAAACACAGUAAAAAGCAAAAAGAAAGAAAUGUCACCACACAGGUACCAGUAAACGAAAUGAAACAACUUUUAUCGCAUGUAUUGGAACGAAGGAAAUUGAGUAAAGCAAUCAACAAAAGAGAAAAUCUGUUAGAAAAAAGGAAUCAGCAUAAAUUAAGAAUAAAAGGAAUUCAAUAUAAAGAUUUCUCAAAAAGAAACAAAAAUCAUUUAAAUAAUCAAGCACAGAAAAAUUUCACAAAUGAAGGAGACCAACUGUUUAAAAUGGGUGUCAAGAUUCUCCAGCAAUCUAAAACCCAAAAACAAAAAGCACAAGCCUACAUUUUCUUUGCCAAAGCAGCUGACAUGGGAAAUUUGAAAGCAAUGGAGAAAAUGGCUGAUGCUUUGCUAUUUGGAAAUUUUGGCAUGCAAAACAUAACAGCAGCUAUCCAAUUAUAUGAGUUCUUGGCUAAAGAAGGAUCAUAUAAAGCCCAAAACGCAUUAGGAUUUUUGUCUUCUUAUGGAAUAGGAAUGGAAUAUAAUCAAGCAAAGGCACUGAUAUAUUACACCUUUGGAAGUGCAGGGGGAAGCAUGAUAUCCCAGAUGAUUUUGGGGUACAGAUAUUUGUCAGGGAUCAAUGUUCUACAGAAUUGUGAAGCUGCCCUAAAUCAUUACAAAACAGUGGCAGAUUAUAUUGCUGACAAAUUAGAAAAAAGUGAAGGUAUUCCAGUGGAAAAAGUGAGACUAACUGAAAGACCUGAAAAUCUGAGUUCCAACAAUGAAAUUUUGGAUUGGGAUAUAUACCAAUACUAUAAAUUUUUGGCAGAAAGAGGAGAUGUUCAGAUACAAGUAUCUCUUGGACAAUUACAUCUAAUUGGGAGGAAAGGCCUUGAUCAAGAUUACUAUAAAGCAUUAUACUACUUCUUAAAGGCAGCAAAGGCGGGGAGUGCAAAUGCCAUGGCAUUUAUAGGAAAGAUGUAUUUAGACGGUAAUGCUGCAGCACCACAAAAUAAUGCCACUGCCUUCAAAUACUUUUCCAUGGCGGCUAGUAAGGGUAAUGCAAUUGGUCUCCAUGGACUGGGUCUUCUUUAUUUUUAUGGUAAAGGCGUUCCUGUGAAUUAUGCCGAAGCACUUAAAUACUUUCAGAAAGCUGCAGAGAAAGGAUGGCCCAAUGCACAGUUUCAUUUAGGCUUCAUGUACUACUCUGGUUCUGGAGUAUGGAAGGAUUAUAAACUUGCCUUCAAAUAUUUCUACUUGGCAUCUCAAAGUGGGCAGCCCCUUGCCAUUUAUUAUCUGGCUGAGAUGUACGCAACAGGAACAGGAGUCGUAAGAUCAUGUCGAACGGCUGUGGAGGAAAGGUUAAAAUUCUUGAAAAAGAGAAAAUGUAUCCAAUGGCUCUUCUCCUAUGGAAUCGAGCUGCCAUCCAAGGACAUUCACUUGGCCAGGAGAUUAUAUGACAUGGCAGCUCAAACAAGUCCAGAUGCUCACAUACCCGUGUUCUUUGCCCUCAUGAAACUGGAAACUGUGCAUUUGUUCCAAGAUAUCCUCUUUUUCAAUUUUACAAUGAGAUGGAAACAGAUUAAAUCAGACAACACCCUUGGAUCAUACUGGGAUUUAUUUGUGAUUGGCCUGAUUGUUGCUACCCUGAUCUUCUUGCUUAGAAGUUACUAUAUGUAGCAUCUGGAUCAUAGGAAAAUCUGCUCGCUCAUGGGAAUCAGUUCACUUGGAGGUAUCCUUGCAAAAUAAAGA